AUUGUGACGUCGCCGGGUCGGCUCCACUUUGUCUGUCCAUAUAUGGGCAGCUACGUCACGGAGCUUUCCCGCGGCUCUCAUAAAUAGGCGGGCGGAUUUCCCUGGCUGAGCAUUUGGGGCUGCAGGGAGGGAAGGGAAAGGAAGGGAAGGGAAGGGAAAGGGAGGGAUCAACCGAUCGAGACAGAUCGAAGCUGGGGAAGGCGAGAGGGAUGGAGGAAGGGAUGGAGGGAUCGGGGGAUUAACGCCCUGGACGCCCACCUUGGAGGAGCAAAUCCCCCCAAGGGAUCGCCUCCCCCGCCUCCCUCCAAGAAACCCCGCCCAGGGAUCCACUGAGGAUCGCGAUCCCCCUCGCAUGGUCGCCCGGGGACGGAUCGGCCCUUCGGAUGCCUCCUCCAGGCCAGGAAGGAAGAAGGACCCGGGAGCCCCUGCUCUGAGCCCGACGCCUCCUCUUCUUCCUCCGUCGCCGCCGCCUUCCUCCCCGCCUCCUCCUCUUCCUCCUGCUCCCGGCCGAGGGCUAUGACAGGGAAACUCGUGGAGAAGCUGCCAGGGACCAUGAACGCCUUGAUGAACCAGCUGCAGGACCAUCUCUACCCGGACGAGAUCCCCAGCGCCCUCAACCUCUUCGCCGGCAAUGGAGACGCCUCCGCCGUCCACUACGGCAGCCAGAUGGCCGCAGAGCCGGUGAUGGAGCUGGGUCUGGCCAGCGAGAAGGGCGGCGGCGGGGCUGGCGGCGGCGGAGGCGACCUGGUGCCCUCUUCCUCCUCGGCCUCGGCCUCCUACUCCUCCUCCUUCCAAGGCCCGGGGCCCGGGGCUCCUCCGGGGCCCAACAAGACGGUGACCUACCUGGGCAAGUUCGCCUUUGACUCGCCCUCCAACUGGUGCCAGGACAACCUGCUGAGCCUGAUGAGCGCCGGCCUUUUGGGGGUGCCCCCUCCGCCGGCGCCUUCGUCCAACGGAGGAGGAGGAGGGCCCUCUUCGUCGGCGGGGCUCCAGGGCGAGGGGGUGGAGGCCAUGUACCCCUCUUCGCUGCCGCCUUACUCGACGUGCGGAGAGCUCUACCCGGGGGAGGCCUUCCACGACCCCCAGCAGCAGCAGCAGCAGCAGCAGCAGCAGCCUCAGGGCAACGGGGGCCUCUCUUACCCGGGCCAGGAUUACCCCAAGGGCGGCGGCGGAGAGGGCCCCUUGUUCUCCAUGAUCCCGGACUACGGCCUCUACCACCACCCGCACCCCGCCGACCUGGGCGCCGGCCUCCCGGAGCACAAACCCUUCCAGACCUUGGACCCGAUCCGGGUCAACCCUCCCCCGAUCACCCCCCUGGAGACCAUCAAGGCCUUCAAGGAGAAGCAGGGCCACCCGGCGGCGGGGGGCUUCGGGGUGCUCCAGCAGCAACAGCAGCAGCAGCAUCACCACCCGCACCACCCGCACCUCCACCCGGGCGGCGGCGGCGGUGGGCCUCCUCCCCCGCUGACUCUGAAGCCCAUCCGGCCGAGGAAGUACCCCAACCGUCCCAGCAAGACCCCGCUGCACGAGCGGCCCCACGCCUGCCCGGCCGAGGGCUGCGACCGGCGCUUCUCGCGCUCCGACGAGCUGACCCGCCACCUGCGCAUCCACACGGGCCACAAGCCCUUCCAGUGCCGCAUCUGCAUGCGCAGCUUCAGCCGCAGCGACCACCUCACCACCCACAUCCGGACCCACACCGGCGAAAAGCCCUUCGCCUGCGAGUUCUGCGGACGCAAGUUCGCCCGCAGCGACGAGCGCAAGCGCCACGCCAAGAUCCACCUCAAGCAGAAGGAGAAGAAGGCCGACAAGGGGGCAGCCUCCUCUUCCUCCUCCUCCUCCCAGGCCCCCCAGGCCCCCCCAGUGGUCACCACCUGCGCCUGACCACUUCGCCAAGAAAGAAGGGGCUCUCCCUCUUGGGUGGCCUUCCCGGGAUCGUCUGGAUCCAGGGGGGCUGGGGGACUCAGGGGGGCAUGGACUUGAAGCCCCUCCAUCCCCAGGGACUCCAGAUUCCCUCCCAUCCUUGACCCUCCGGCUCCCCUCCUUGAUCUCCGCUUUCUCCCUUUUUUAACACUUCCCCUCUUUCGAGGAGGGGACACCAAAGCGCAGGGGGGCUGUCUGGGGAGAGAAAGGGGGUCUGAGUGUGUCUUUGUGUGUCUCCUUUUGUGUGUGUCUGGAGCUCAGCUGGGGCUGCUUCUCCUCCAUCUCUAAACAGCACCCCCAUCCCCACAUAUACCCCCCAAACAACUUCUCUCCUCCUCUCCUGGAAAGGAGGAACCCCUGAGCCAGCCAUGUCCCAACUCUGACCCUCCAGGUGUUUCAGACUUCACCUCCAUCUCUGGGAUGCUGGGAGCUGAAGUCCAAAACACUUGCAAGGUCAGAGUUUGGACAUCACUGCAGUGGGUCCCGAGCUGUGGUCCUCCAAGUGUUUGGGGCUUCGCCUUCCCAGAAGCCCCAGCUGUCAGGAAUUCUAGGAGAGAGAAGUCCAAAACAUCUGGGGGACCAAAGUUUGGACAUCACCGCUCUGCCCCACCAGCCUGGCUUUGGAGAGAGAGGAGAAGGAAGGACCCUCCAGGGACCAAGGCUGGUUCCUUGCAAUUGCAAGGCUGCAGAUGGGUCACUCAGGGAGCCUUUCCAGGGAGAGGAAGUCCAAAACAUUGAGGUGACCAAAGUUUGGGAAUCACUCCAAAGGAGACUAUCCCACCACCCACCAGCCUGGCUUUGGAGAGAGAGGAGAAGGAAGGACCCAGGGUGCAUCACCCUGCUUUUUUUGCAAUCGCAUGGCUAUGGCUGGAUCCCUCAGGGAGCCUUUCUGGGGAGAUGGAAGCCCAAAAUGUCUGGGGGACCAAGGUUUGGACAUCACUUAUCUGUCUCCGCACCCUGCCUUUGGAGAGAGAGGAAAAGAAGGACCCCCAGGGACCACCGCUGAUUCCUUGCAAUCGCAAAGCUGUGGCUGGAUCUCUCUCAUGCAGCCUUUCCAGGGCCUUUGCUGGCCUUGGCCAGGGCUCUCCUGGAAAGGAGCAACAUCCAAGUGGUACCCACCCCCCAAGACUGAGGGGGACAACUGCUGGUUCCUUGCAGUUGCAAGGCUAUGGUUGGAUUGCUCAGGUAGCCUUUUCAGGGGCCCUGCUGCUGGCCUUGGCCAGGCCUUGGGGCAACCUCCCAGAAAGGAGUAACACCUAGACAGUGGUUCCCAAACUUUGGUCCUCCAGAUGUUUGGGACUUCAGUUCCCAGAAUUCCUGGCUGUGGGCCAAACUGGCUAGGGCUUCUGGGAGUUGAAGUCCCAAAACCUAGAGGACCAAAGUUUGGGAAUCAUUGGAGGGUCUACCCUUGGAGAGAGAGGAGAAGGUAUAGCCCUGGGAGACCGCCACUGGUUCCUUGCAAAGCUGCAGCUGGAUCUCUCUGGCAACUGGGUAGCUUUGCUAGGGCUUUUCUAGGACCUUCCUUGCCUUGGCCAGGGCUCUCCUGGAAAGGAGCAACAUCUAGGGCAGUGGUACCCAAACUGUGCUCUUUAUGGGAUUUUGGACUCCAGCUCCCACAAGCCCAGACUAUUGGUCAACAUGGCUGAGGCUUCUGGGAGCUGAAGUCCAACAUUUCUUAAAGGGCACAGUUUGGGGACCACUAAGGGGUCUAUCCCAUCACCUUAGCCUUGAAGAGAGAGAAGAAGGAAUGAUCUGGACAUAUCCUAGGAGGCUGCAGCUAGCUUCUUGCCUCUCUGGCAAUUGGGUAGCCUUUCUUGGUGGCCAGGGCUUGAGGCAACCUCCUAGAAAGGACCAACCCUAAGGGGUCUGUCCUGCCACCCUCCACCCUACUCUUGGUGAGGAGGAGGAAGAAGAAGGAAGGAUCCACGUGAACCAACACUGGUUCCUUGCAACUGCAAGGUUGCAGAUGGAUCUCUCAGGCAGCUGGGUAGUCUUUCUAGGGAUCUUGCUGGCUUCUUAUCUCUCUGGCAAUUGGGUAGCCUUUCCAGGGCUCUUGCUAGCCUUGGCCAGAGGUGGGCUCUGGGCUUUUAAGACUCCUCUUCCUCCCUCUUUCUUUCUUUCUUUCUUUCUUUCUUUCUUUCUUUGCAAUUCCUACACACACACUUUAUCCCCCUGUAAAACUGGGUCCUAACUUCUCUCUUCCUCUCUCUCUUUCCUUCUCCUCCACACAUCCUUUAUGCCAUCAUCACCCUCCAUAAAUUUGGGUUCCAAACCCACCAAUUCCACCCCUACCUCCCCUCCUCCUGCCCCAUGGGAAGGGAAUAGGUGAGGAAAGGGCUUGGUUGGCAUUUUUGUCAGCUGGCAUCCUCUCUGUUUGCUUCUGGGGAUUUUGAGGGUGGUCCAUGGGAGAGCAGAAAGGAAGAGAAGGGCCCAGAAGGCUUGGGUCUGGGUCAGUCAUUCCAAAGUUUGUUUGAUUUCCUCCAAAGGAGGAUUUGGGGCAGGAGAGGGGGCCUGGUCCCUAAACUCCAUUUGGAUACACACCUUGCCCAGGUAUGCCCACUUAGCUUGGCAGCUUUGAACAGGGCUAGGUUGACCCCCCCCCCCCCCGACCAGAAUGUAAGGAUUAUUUUGGAACUAUUUUGGAGCUCCUUUAACUUGAAUGUACUUUUUAAUUCCUCCUGGUUUCCUUCUUGAGGCUUGGAUUCUGUUGCUUGGAGAGUUUGGGGGAGAUCUGUGCCCAGGGUCAGCUUAUGUCCUUCUCUUCUUUCUCUUUUGUUGUAGGAAAGGAAAAAGCACUCUCUUUAUGUGUGUGUCUGUGUAUGAAUGUGUGUGUGUGUGUGUGGUUUAAAACAUGUUCAAAAGACCCUUUAAAAGUGAACAGGUUUGGCCAUUUCCAGAGGGUUCCAGCUCACCUUGGGAAGGCCAUUUUAGGAAAGAGGGCUAUCGAGCAUCAAUUUUGGGGUGGAUUAAUACUUCUUUCUUCUUUCUUUCUUUCUUUCUUUCUUUUGUUCUUUCUUUCUUUUUUUCUUUUUUUAGCACAAAGACAAUUCUUUCCAGAACUUCAGAAAACAGUGUUUUAAUGGGCACUUUUUUAUAUAUAUAUAUAUAUAAUGUGAUUUUAUUUUUAUUUUUUUAUUUUUAAAUUUUUAUCGGUUCCUGUUUCGUUUGGAGGGGGGUCGACUUCUAAAAAACUGAGGAGGAAAGAGAGCAGGUUGCCUUUUACCUCUUCUCCUUUUUUCUCCUUGCAUGUCCUUCGCAUGUCUUGCUUUCUUUUCUUUCCUUUUCUUUCCUUUCGGGUUUUUCCUUUUAAUAAAAACCGCUCAGAUAUUUAAGCAAAACAACGAUAAUGAUUUUUUUUUUAAAGAGAUAAAAAAAAACUUGUUGCCAAAAGGUUGUGUUUUUAUCCAGGUUUGAUGUCUGCAUGUUUUAAAAAAAGAAGAAGAAAAAUAAUGAUGAAACUGGACGAAAAAAAACAAUUCUCAGAGAGAAAAAUAAAAUGCAGCCUAAUUUAUGUGAACUGAAAGAAACAAAAAAUCAGGUUUAACUACAAAAAAAAUCUAAGGGAAUGAUAUUUUUUGAAAGACUUUUGUAUAAAGUUGAGUACUUUUGGGGGGGAGAUAAAACCAGAUGUAAUAUAUUUUGUGGAUGUUUUUAUUUCUUGGAUUUAUAGUACCUUAUACUAAGGUUAAAAAAAAUGCUUGAUAUUGUGAAACAAACAAACAAAAAAAGAGGUGAUGAUUUUCACACACAUUUCAUUUGCUCAUUUGUCACGUUGUAUAAUGCAAAUAUGAUAGUUGAUGCAUACAGCAUUUUAAAGGGGGGGAGAAAAUCAGAAGCAUUGAACCGAUGUAUUGUUGUACCAUUUGCACUGUGAGCAAAUGCUAAUGCAGUAAAUAUAUUGUGUUUGCUGACAA